CUCACCCUUCUCAUAAGAUCCUCCCGCUUUCUGUCAACUUGAUUUUCAGACUUCCAUUGCCCCACAAGAACUCAUUUUCACUCAUAUUUAGUUCGAACUUUCUUUAAUUACGCUCGUUCGACAUUGGUGAAUGUUCUUGGCACAAAUAUAACUGGUGUGAGAAAUUACAGAGAGAAAUGAAUCAGAUUGAACACUGGAGUCACCAACAACAUCCUUUGCUCCUAAGAAAGGAUGAGCAACAAGGAUUACCAACAUCCUUUACCUGCGAAAUAUGUGAUGAGUAUUCCGUGGCUGUUAAUGAUGAACUCUACUAUGUCUGUGAUUCAUGCAAAUUUUAUGUCCACAAAUCUUGUGCUGAGUCGCCUCGUCAAAUCAACCACUCUUUUCAUCCUUCCCACCCUCUCGCCUUGUCUACUCGCAGAAACUAUUAUUGCGACUCUUGUCACCAAUACUUCAGAAAUGCUGUCUCUUUCAAAUGUGUUCAAUGCAAUUUUGAAAUGGACGUGAAAUGUGCUUUGAUGCCCCCUAUAACAUGUGAAAGCCAAGAGCACAUCCAGCAUUUCUCUCACCAGCACCCAUUGCCACUUGUUCAGGACGUUGACAACAGAAAUGAAACUAAAUUAUGCUUCGUAUGUCACUUAACAUGUUCAUCUGGUACGGAUUAUGGCUGCACAAAAUGUAGGCAUUUCUUGCAUAAAUCAUGUGCAGAGUUGCCACGAGAAAUCAAACAUUCUGUCCAUCCCAAUCACGGCCUUCUCACCCUUGGUGUUACGCAUGCCUGGUUCACUUGCAGUUUAUGUGACAAGAAAGACGGCCAGACCUUAUUGUUUAAAUGUCGUCAGUGUACGUUUCAGUUGUGUGUGAAAUGUGGUAUGACGGUGAAAGGAAUCAAUAGCAUUAGGUAUGAGGACCAUGAGCACCUUCUUUGUUUUCUGGAGAACACAUACAAUAAACUUGGUCUUUGCAACAGCUACGAUGCCUAUUGUAAACACCCAGUUCUCUCCAAUGCCACUGAAUUUUCUCAUACCCAGUGUUCUAUAUUCCGUUGUUUGGAUUGUGAUUUCAAAGUGCACUUGCUAUGUGGUCCAUUGCCAGCGGUCAUUCAAUAUGAGUACCACAAACACCCUCUCAUCCUUGUGGAUUCGCUCGAGGAAGACAAUUCGGGCGAAUAUUAUUGUGAUGUUUGUGAAACUGAAAGAGAUCCAAGAAUUCGGUUGUAUUAUUGUGAAGAGUGUAAAUUUUUUGCUCAUGUGCACUGCGUGAUGUCUGAGAUUAUUAAAGUACUUAAGGGAGACCUUAGUAAUGUGGAGCUGAAGACCAUUGGAGCAGAUUUCUGGAAUUUUUCUGAAGAAGCUGUACUUCUGGCAGAGAAAGUGCAGGCCAAGUCUUCCGUAACCUUUAAAGAUUUAUUAAACACCGCACUAAGUGAGGCACAGUGGCUCACGAGUGAUUUCACAUGGGAUACAUCAUCUCAUGAGGAGAAUAAGGGACAACAAGCUGUUAGUCAAAGCACUGCUGAUCAGCUUAAUCUUACAGAUGACUAUAUUAAUGAGCUUCUACGACUUUGUCGCUAUACUGAAGUGGAUUUCAGCAACUUCACUAAUGCCCUUAAGAGAUACUUUUACAGGAAAAGCUUGAAAAUAAACUCUGACGAUUUAGCAUUGAAAGUCAUUGACAUUGAGGGUUAUAAGGUCCCUUUUACUUUGGCCCCUGUUCUAAAAGUCUUACUUCGCAAAUAUAAAGAUAUUUGUGUGGAUUCCAAGGAAUCACUUGCAGUGAAGAGCAUUGCCCUUUCCUUUUUAUGUAAGGUGGUAAAGCAAAUGCAUAGUACCAGGGUCCAAGACAUCACCAAAGAUCUUCUUCAAGAUUGGUAUUUCUACGUCGAAUUCGCUGAUUAUAGGGUCAACUUAAAAGUCAACUUUCUAAAGCAAUAUCUACAGAAAAUCACAAGAGCUUUUUUUGGUUUCCAACUUAAAAAAGUUGAAUCAAACGUCCCUACAAUAAUAAGCAAAAAAAUUGAUGAGCUAAAACUCCUGCAACUUCAAUACGAAACUAAACUUCAGGAAUGUCAGAAAUUUCGCCAGACUUCUCCAAAGCCAAAAUUUGUGAAUGAGUGCUUGAAUGAGGCUGCAAAGUUGGAGUGGAAUACUGCAAUUAGCUAAGUUUAAUUUUGUUUUGUGUGCCUUUAAUUUGUUUCAUAUAAUAAUGGGGACUGGGAUAAUGUUGUUGGUUUUAUAUAAUAGCGGUUAACUAAAGCCACACAUUAGAAGAUUGAUUGUGCCUUAUUUUUCUCUUCAUUUCUUUUUUUUUUUCCAAUAAUGUUCUCUCAUCAUAAACUAUUUAA